UGAUAGUGAUACACGGAUGUAUCAGGCUGAGUCAUGAUUGAAAUCAGUUGUGAUCAUAUGGUAGUGAUCCAGAUAGAUUCUAGCUAGAUGUAAUACUAGAAAGGAAAUUAAUGAUGGCGGAGAAGAAAGGUCGCUUUCCGAUCGGCCAUGACAGAGCUAGGUCUGAUACAUCUACUACAGAAAAGACUGAUCUAUAUAAAGUUGAACUACAAAGAGACCAGUUGAAAAAAGAUUGUGAGCACAAGGAUGAACAGAUUAAAAAUUAUCAGGAUACUCUAGCACAGCUAACGUCUAAAGUAGAAGAGUUGGAGAAACAGCAAUUGAAAAAAGAUGAAGAGAUUCAGAAAUCGAAAUUAAUAGAAACACAGCUCAGAGAAUCACUUGAAGAAAAGGAAAAACAAUUGGCCGAGACAACAAAAACAGUUGAUGAGUUAAGUUCUGAAUUAGCUAAAAAAGUUGACGAAUUGUGUCAAGAAACUUUAAAAAAUGAAGAAUUAGUUUUUGUUGUAGCAGAGCAAAAAGGAAAACUUGAAGAAAUGGAGAAAUAUAAAACACAAGUGAAGCAAAUGGAAGAUUUAGUUGAAAGAAUUAAACUAAAAGAAACAGAGAAUGCUGUUUACAAACAAGACUUUGAAACUGAAAGAAAUGACAGACAAAGGAUACAUAAUGAAUAUGAAGAACUAAAGCUGAAAUUUGAAGAAUUUAAAUCAAGCCAUGAACAAUUGACUGAAUUGAAGUCCAAGCAACAAUCAGAUAGUGAGCUGGCCAGGAUGAAACAUAUGUUAGAUAAUAAAGAAGAAUUACUGAGAUCUUAUGGUCAGGAGCAAGCUAGUCUAAAGGAUCAGCUAGAAAUACUAAAGAAUGAAUGUGAAGGACUGAAGAGAGCCAAUGAAACAUUAAAGGAAUUAGUUAAAGGGACUAAAUUGUAUAAGAAUGAUGCUGCUAAUCAGGAUCAGAACACACCACAUAUUCAUGCUAUAUAUAAACCCAGCGAUAAUUCUCAAGCAAGUACUGGAGUAAAUGAUGAAACUGAUGAUUCAAUGAAAGAUCUGAAACCACAACUGACAGCAGAAGAAAUGGCAGCACUCUUCAAACCUGAGGCAGUCAGGCAGGAUUCAUCACACCUUUAGACUCUGGUCUGUCGUUAGUACAUUAGAAGCACAAAAACUAAAACAACACAUUUUGCAUCGGAAUGAGUUGCUAGAUUAUCAUAGUUAUAUUAUAAUACAUAGUCUUCUUAAUUUUUGCUUUUAACUGUCUUCUUUUUACUAAAGACUACAGAGAUGUCCUCAGUGCUCCACAAGCACCGUUACUUUUUUAUGCUGUGAUCA